AUGUCUGAGGAGCAGACCCCCCAGGCAUCUGAAGCAGAAUGCAGCGCAAUGGAGUUCACAGAAUUUGAAGAUGAAGAACGCUGGUUUUUCGAAGUGUUGGGAAUCAAGCCAAGGCCUCCCUCUGCACUGGAUGAUGACACUGAGAAGAAGGAGGAGGAAUCCCUGGGGUAAGCUUCAUCCCUUCGCCUGCAAGAUAUUCUUCAAGAGAACCAAAUCAGCAGUACUGAUGAUAGUGACACUUGCCAAGCUGGAUGUAUUGAAGAAGAUGAUGAAACCAGCCACAGUGACAGCGAUGCUGACGAUAACGUGCAAGUUAUCAUUGGCGACAUAAAAACAAACCCCUCCAUGUAUAUGUAUGUAAUCUUAUGUGUCCUUGGGUUGUGGAUCAUACAGGGAGGAUGCCUCUCCAUUAACUGUUCUUAGCCUUGUCCUUUGUACCUGCUGAAAAGAAAUGCAGGAAGGCGC